UGGAAAGCGCUAACUCAGAUACAUCACCUUUGGUGUCGUCCCAAGUUUGGACGUGUAAUCUGUCAUCUGGUUAGCGCGUUUGGGCCGGCUUGUUGAAUCGAAACGUUAACGGUUUCGUCGACCGUCCUAAAUAUCCGUGUCAAGAUGACAGAAGAGCUAGAGCACAUUCUCUCUCAGCUCACGCAGCCUGACAAUGCCGUUAUCCAACAGGCGACAGCACAACUGAAACAGGCUUUCAAAGAUCCAGCCAUUAUACCAGCGUUGUGUGCGGUGAUGACUGGAUCUCAGAAUCCACAGAUUCGUCAGUCUGCCACAGUGAUGUUGAGAAUGAGGGUGAUGAAGCACUGGAAGAAGAUUAGCCCUGAUCACAGGGAAAGUCUGAAGUCAGUGGUUCUUCAAGCCUUCCAGCAAGAAACAGAACACACUGUUCGACACUCGCUCUCCCAGCUCAGCGCAGUGUUGGUCAAACACGAAACCCCAGACCAGUGGCCUGCUCUGCUAGCACUGCUGAACCAGUCCACAAAGAGCUCCAACCCACAGGACAGACAGGUUGGUCUUUUGCUGCUCAGUAAGGUGGUGGAGUCAAACCCAGAGGCCUUUCAACCACAUUACAGACAGCUGCUGCAGCUAUUAGACACAGUGCUGCAGGACCUAAACAACCCCACAGCCCUCUACUACAGCAUCCUGACCCUGACUGCCAUCACUGCUUACACGGGCUCAGAGGAGAUGAACCUGAUGCGCGCACUGAUCCCCAAACUGAUUGUUGCCCUUAAACACCUCAUUAAGGCUGACCAGGACCAGGCCAGUGAGGCCAUGGAAGUGUUUGAUGAGCUGAUGGAGAGUGAAGUCUCCAUCAUUGUCCCUCACAUUGCUGAGGUUGUUCGCUUUUGUUUGGAGAUCAGUGCGGAUACCUCCCUCAGUGACUCCCUGAGAGUUAAAGCGCUCUCCUGCAUCGCUCUCCUCAUCAGACUCAAGAGCAAGGCUGUGAUGAAACAGAAGCUGCUGGGCCCCAUUCUGCAGGUAGUGUUCCCUGUUCUGAGUGCAGCGCCCCCUCCUGGUGAGGAGGACCCAGAGGAUGAGGAGAGCGACUCUGAGGGUGACGGUAACAGUGAGAGUCCCAAACACUUUGCUGCUCAGGUUAUAGACACUAUGGCUCUACACAUGCCUCCAGAGAAGCUGUUCCCUCUACUGAUGCCCCUGACAAAGGCCUGUCUGGCCAGUGAGAAUGCGUAUGAGCGGAAAGGAGGAUUAAUGUGUCUGGCCGUGCUGGCAGAAGGCUGCGCCGACCACAUACGCACCAAGAUGUUGCCCUCUGUGCUGCAGACAGUGUGUUCCAGUCUGUCUGACAGUAACCAGGUUGUCCGCAGCGCAGCACUCUUUGCUCUGGGACAGUUCUCCGAAUACCUCCAGCCUGAGGUGAGUAAGUAUCACGCAGAGUUGAUGCCACUGUUGCUAGGCUACAUGUCUGGACUAAACCAAGUGAAGAUCGGACAUGUAACUAAGGCCUUCUACGCUCUGGAGAACUUUCUGGAGAACCUUGGUGAAAAUAUUCAGCCCUACCUACCAACUGUAAUGGAGACUAUGCUAUCAGCACUGAAUACAACAGAUAAUCUGAAACUGAAGGAGCUUGCAGUCAGUGCAAUUGGAGCCAUAGCCAAUGCGGCCAAAGAGAUGCUGGUGCCGUAUUUUCCACCUGUGAUUGACAGUCUGAAGGGUUUUCUCACCGACACACGAGAAGAGAUGAGAUCACUGCAGACGCAGGCUCUCGACACUCUGUCCGUGCUGGCCCGUACAGUGGGUAAGGAUGUGUUCAGUCCCCUGGCGGCUGAGUGUGUUCAGUUAGGACUGAACCUCACAGAUGCUGUGGAUGAUCCUGACCUGCGCCGAUGCACGUAUAGCCUGUUCUCAGCCGUGUCCACAGUCAGCCCAGAGUGUCUUAAUCCCCACCUCACCGCUAUCAGCACGGUGAUGCUCCUGUCACUCAAAUCGACAGAGGGCGUGACGGCUCACCUGGAGGAAGACAAGCAGUUUGUCCUGCUCGAUGAUGAAGAUGAUGAUGACGAAGAGGGUGAUGCUGUUCUGGAGGAGGAUGGAGAGAAUGAAGGAGUGGACAGAGAUGUUGCUGGGUUCAGUGUAGAAAAUGCUUACAUUGACGAGAAAGUGGAUGCGUGUGAUGCUUUGGGAGAGAUCGCCUACAACACGGGUGUGGCGUUCCAGCCCUUCCUGGAGUCCAGCUUCCAGCAGGUCUAUGAACUGCGUGAUUUUCCCCAUGAGGAUGUGCGUAGGGCUGCAUUCGGGGCCAUGGGCCAGUUCUGUCGAGCUCAGCACAAAGUGUGGAAGGAGAAUCCCAUUGAGCCUAACCACCAAGCGCUGCAUAAGCUCCUGGCCGUGGUGCUGCCGUGUUUCCUGGAGGCUGUGCGUCAGGAGCGGGAGCGGCAGGUGGUGAUGGGGGUCCUGGAGGCCUUGAAUGGCAUUAUCAAAUCCUGCCAGGGGGAGGUGCUGCAGGUGCCCGGGCGCCUUGGGGAGAUCAGCCACGCCAUCCGGGACGUGCUGAAGAAGAAAACUGUGUGUCAGGAUGGAGGUGGGGAUGACGCAGACGAUGAUGAGCAGCAGGCGGAGUAUGAUGCCAUGCUCCAGGAGUUUGCUGGUGAGGGAAUUCCUCUGUUGGCCUCAGCAGCCCAGCCUGAUGCCUUUUUACCGUACCUCAAAGAACUCCUACCACUGAUCAUGAACAAAGCAAAACCCUCGUGCACGGUGGCCGACCGCUCCUUCUCUGUCGGCACGCUGGGAGAGACUCUGCACUCUCUGGCGGGCGUGACUGGGGGAAGGGGAGUGGCCGGGAGGCUGUCCAACCAGGUCCUGCCGGUGCUGGUGGCCGGAGUGAAGGACAGUGACCCAGAGGUGCGCAACAACAGCGUUUUCGCCCUGGGAUCUCUGGCACAGGCUGCAGGCCCCAUCGUCGCAUCGGAUUACCCAAUGAUGCUGUCCCUCUUCUCCAAUUUAUUGGCUAAAGAGUCAGACAGGAGGGUGAUUGACAACCUGUGUGCUGCCUUGUGCAGAAUGAUCAUGGGUAACACUGCAGGCGUGCCGCUAGAACAGGUGUUUCCUGCCCUGCUUGGGCGUCUCCCUCUGGUAGAAGACAUGGAGGAGAAUAAGACGGUGUUCAGCUGCCUGGCUUACCUCUACACUAACAACCCUGCUCUGAUUGUCAGUCACCUGAAGCCAAUCAUGUCUGUGGCCACUCAUGUCCUUGGGACUAAAAACCUAGAUGAUGAGACUCAGAACACCCUGCUCAUGCUACUCAAAGACGUCGCCCAGCGACACUCGCAGGAAUUUCAGAGCGCUGUGACGUCACUUCCUGCCGAGCAGAAAACCAAGGUGACGGCUGUCGUCACUCAAUCAUAGCUCCCCUUGCCCCAUUCCUCUCAGGCCUUCCACUCUUGCGAAAGCCAGCCAAAUGGAAAACAAAAAGACUUUUUUUUUUUUUACUCGAUGAAUUGUUCACUUUGACUAAACACAUGCCGACUUCAGCAC